AUGAGUUACCAUGGCCGGCAUCGGCAGGAGAAAGGGUUGAGGAAUCAGGAUAUUGAGGGGCAAGUUUCCAAAACUGAUGGAGAUGAUUCCGGACAAAAGAGAACAACAAAAAAGACAAUUCUUGACCCAGAGGGGCAGCUGCUUCAGUGGUGGAAUAUAAUGUUUGCAGUGUCAUGUGUGAUUGCAGUAUCAGUGGACCCUUUGUUCUUUUACCUUCCUGUCAUCAAUGGAGAUGCCAAGUGCGUUUGGUUAGACAAAAGAUUAAAGAUCGUAGCUAUUACUUUGAGAUCUGUCACAGAUUUCAUUUAUGUUAUGAAUAUAAUCAUUCAAUUUAUUUGUCCUUACAUCGACGAGGACUCUCGUAAGCUUGGACGAAUUAUAAUAGUUAGAGAUCCUCAGCAAAUAGCAAACCGCUACUUCUUCUCCCGGUACUUCGUAAUUGAUGUUCUCGCUGUUCUUCCCAUCCCACAGGUUUUAUUUCCAAUUAUUUUUUCAAAAGUGAGAGGUUCAAGAUUUUUGGACAAAAGGAAGUUCCUGAAUGCUGUUAUUUUCUGCCAAUAUGUACCAAGAAUUCUCCGAAUCUACAUAUCAUGGAUAAAUCUUACCAAGUCUGCCAGCAAACUUGCUAGACUUGUUUGGAUUAAAGCUGCAUUUAAUUUCUUUCUCUAUAUUCUUGCCAGCCAUGUACUGGGUGCUUUUUGGUACUUAUUUUCUGUCCAACGAGAGACGGCUUGUUGGCACAAAGCGUGUGAAAAGCAUGUCGGAUGUACCCCAAGUUCUUUUAGCUGCAAUCAACCUUCAAGUGAUCGUGCAUUUUUAGAUUAUUAUUGCCCUGUACAAACACCAAACACAACGCUCUUUGAUUUUGGAAUAUUCUUUGAAGCCCUUCAAUCUCAUACGUUAGAGUCCACAGAUUUUCCGCGAAAGCUCUCACAUUGUUUCUGGUGGGGCCUACGAAAUUUGAGUUCUUUCGGUCAAAACCUUCAAACAAGUACAUAUUUCUGGGAAAACUGCUUUGCAGUUUGUAUUUCAAUCUUUGGCUUACUACUGUUUCUGCAUUUUAUUGGGAAUUUGCAGACAUAUAUACAGUUGGCAACUGAAAGGUCAGAAGAAAUUAUAAAAAACAUGAGAGUUAAAGAACGAGAAAUGGAGCUAUGGAUAUUUAGAAACCAGCUCCCUAGUACUAUAAAAGAGGAGAUCAUGUCCAUCGUUCAACACAUGCUGGAAGAAAAGAAAGAUGUUGACGUGCAAAAUCUCCUAUCUCAUCUUCCCAUUGAACUUGGAAGGAAGAUUAAGCGCUAUAUCUGCUUACCCAUGCUAAAGCAAGUGCCACAACUUCAAGGAAAAGGUGAACAACUUUUACAAUUGAUCUGCGAGUAUUUGAAGCCAAUGCACUACAACCAACACAACUACAUUGUGAGGGAGGGAGAACCACUUGAUGCGAUGCUCUUCAUAACGCAAGGCAUCAUAUGGAACUUCACGACCAGUAUUAAUGCUGAGAGAAGCGCCAAGUGUAUUGAGAAAGGUAGUUUCUAUGGAGAAGAACUUCUAGAUUGGGGGUUGGAAUGCUCUGCUGCCUUACCCAACCUAUCCGACCUCCCAAUAUCUCUCAAAACUGCGAAAACGCACACAAAAGUUGAAGCCUUUGCUCUAAUGGCCAACGACUUGAGGACUAUAGUUUCCCGGCGUACUGAAGCAGCUUCUUGUGUACAAGCAUUAACUGUAGCAGCUUUCCGCCGAAUUAAUGAAAGGAAUAAUGAAAAGUCGUCUCUGCAAUUGGUUGCAGGGAAGAGGAAAAUUGAAUUGUCGUCUGCCCUGUUGCCCAAGGGUAACAAAAGCUAG